AUGACAUCUUUAAGCGCUCUACUCGUUGUUGGUCUGGCCUUCAGUACCACUGUUCGCGCAGAAAUGUGCUCUACACCCGAGUGGGUGACAAUCUCUAGCAGCCCGUAUCUACAAGGAUGCACAUCAGACGUAGGCUUUGGCAGCUUUGUAGCCGUUUCGACAUUGACAGACGAGAAGGUCAAGGCCAUUUGCGCUAAUAGUGAUUGCGUGGCGCUCAUAAACGACAUAAGGACGAUGGGUUUCGGUGACUGCAUCAUUCCAGACACCGACAUGUCGCUGGAAAAGGACAUUCUUGACCCUUUUGAGGAAGCAUGCAGCGCACACACAUCGGUCAGCAGUGCUGCCUCCGCUUCGAGUGCGAACAGCAUUGCUUCAGCGUUCUCUAUCUCUUGGGUAUCUACUCUUGCGUUUGUGGUGGCUGCACUAGCGUUAGAUAUUUUGGACAUCAGUGCAAGCGCGGACGAUGCGUGUACCAAGACGGAUAUGCUAGGCAUAUCGACAAGCCCUUUCAUAGCGGAAUGCAUGUCAGAUGUGGGAUCCCGUGACGCGACAGACUUGCAAGAUACCUUUAGACUGAAAGCGUGCAUUGCACGAGUAUCAGCUGCUGCUUCACAUGUCACGGGGAUAACGACGGUGACGAUUCCCACGACGUUACGAUAA